AAUUAUUUGGAGAAAGUGUGAAGAGAAACAAACAAAAUACCAAUUUCUUUUUUUUAAAGAAGAAAAAUGGAAGAGACAUUGGAGAGAGGGAAGAAAUAAAUUGUGGGGAUCUCUCGUGUUUGGGUACUGAGGAACAGAGAGUUGAAACCCAAAAUUAAAAAGGAAUUUCCCUUAUCUCUUCCAUUUCUUUCUGCAAUUCAAUUCAUCGCCCAUGAGUUCCCCACUUCAAAGAUGGUCUCUCGACGGCUUCACUGCUCUUGUCACCGGCGGAACUCGAGGCAUUGGAUACGCCAUAGUUGAAGAACUUGCUUCACUUGGUGCAUCCGUACACACCUGUUCCCGUAACCAAACGGAGAUUGACCAAAGGCUUCAGGAAUGGCAACAAAAAGGCUUCAAAGUUACUGCCUCUGUUUGUGAUCUCACUUCAUCUUCUCAGCGUCAGCAACUCAUUGACACUGUUUCUUCCAUCUUCAAUGGAACCCUUAACAUCCUUGUCAACAACGCAGGGACUGUAACAUUGAAAGGAGCAACAGAGUACACAACUGAGGAUUACAAUUACAUGAUGAGCACAAAUUUUGAAGCCCCUUAUCAUCUUUCCCAAAUUUCUCAUCCAAUUUUGAAGGCUUCUGGCUAUGGAAGUAUCGUGUUUGUGUCGUCCAUUGCAGGAGUUACUGCUUUACCAAAAAUUUCAAUCUAUGCAGCAACUAAAGGGGCAAUUAACCAAAUAACGAAGAACUUGGCGUGUGAAUGGGCAAAGGAUAAUAUUCGUGUCAACACGGUGGCACCGUGGGGGGUUAGGACAACAAUAUCUAAACCGGAUGCGGCGGUUGUGGAGGAAUAUGGGCGGUUGAUUGGGCGGACGCCGGCGGGGCGAAUUGGUGAGCCGGAGGAGAUAUCGUCGGUGGUGGCAUUUUUGUGUCUUCCGGCGGCUUCCUAUGUCAGUGGGCAGAUCAUUUGUGUGGAUGGUGGCUUCACUGCCGGUGGGUGGUAACUGGUAAGGCAAAUCAAGUGAUAAAAUUGCAUUUUAAUCCUAUAUGUUUAGAUAUAUAAUCUUCGGUUAGAAAGUUGUAAUUCAACUUACUGAAUAUAUAUAUAUAUAUAUAUAUGUAAUUCACCUAUUCUAUAUGUUAUGUCACUUUGUUGUGAAAGAGACAAAAGUAAACAAAACUUGGAAAUUGUGCAUGUGCAGACUCCGAUGUGUUAUUGAA